AUGAGUGGGAUCGGGCACAUGGUGGGCUGCAAUGUCCAAGAUGUGAGAUUAGAACCCGGAGCCCAACCAAACGUGGACGAUCCUCCAGAAGUCACACCAGAAGAGAUGAACAUUGAUCACGACACGAUGCGCCCAUUAAGAGAACAUAAUCCAUGGAAUGCACCCGAUCCCGAUGAAGGCGAUAUAGGCAACUACCAGACAUACCAGUUCAAUACUGGUGGAGGUGGUCAUGGCACUUUCACUUUCCAGAGAACAUAUACCACAGGCUUCGGGGUGCCAAGACAACGCAACGCGCAUGCUGAUCCCGUCGCUGACGAAAUAAUGCGCGACUUUCAGAGCAUGGUUGGCAACAUGCUUGGAGGCAUGGGGGGGACCAAUGUAGGAGGCACAUUCAAUAUUAACGGGCGAACUGGCACUUUCGGCAAUAGAGGAGCUGUUCCUCAUCACGACGAAUUCCCUGGUCCAAUGAUGGGAGGUCCACCUGGUCUCUUCUCGAUGCUUUUUCCCGGUUCGCCUCAAAAUCAAAACCGCAACGGUCAGCGCCAGAUGCAGUCACCACUCGAUUUACUUGGUAUGCUUCUGAAUCCAGCCAACGCUAGAAGCGGUGAUGCUGUAUUCUCGCAAGAAGCCCUCGAUCGUGUCGUAUCUCAACUAAUGGAACAGAACCAGCAAAACGGAGCACCCCCUGCACCCGAGGAAAUCAUAAACUCGCUACCACGAAAAGCAGUCGACAAAACAAUGCUAGGUGACGAUGACAAGGCUGAGUGCAGCAUAUGCAUGGACAAUGUGGAGAUGGGCACUGAGGUUACUGUGCUACCCUGCAAGCAUUGGUUCCAUUUUGAAUGCAUACAACAUUGGUUGAAGGAACACGAUACAUGCCCACACUGUCGAAAACCUAUCACUCCUGAGGAUCAACGACACCAGCAAGGUCGACCGAGUGGUAUGCCACGCAUGCGCAGGAGAAGCAACUCAGUCGCAAGUCCAAUGUCACAAAUGCCUGGCUCGAUGCCGCAGGAUGGAAGCAGGCAAUAUCAAAGUCACAUACCCGAAAGCCCCAGUGACCUACGAGCUGCUAGAGAGGCCUAUUACGGAAGAUCGCAGAACGACCCGAAUACUGAGAGGCCCAGCAGCGCGAGGCGGUCUAGUAGAAGAAGUGAUGGCGACGGUGGGGGUGGAGGUGGUGUUAGUGGUUGGAUCCGCUCGCAUAUGCCAUUCUCGUGA